ACCCGGCUACCGGACAGCGGCCGCGCCCGGUUACCGGACAGCGGCCGUGGCCGCGCCCGGUUACCGGACAGCGACCGCGACGGCACCCGGCUACCGGAUAGCGACCGCGACGGCGCCCGGUUACCAGACAGCGACCGCGACGGCGCCCGGUUACCGGACAGCGACCGCGCCCGCGCCCGGUUACCAGACAGUGACCUCGGCGGCGCCCGGUUACCGGACAGCGCCCGCGACGGGGAGAUGUGGUGCGUGCAAGACGGACGGAUGUACGACCACCGGGAGGACUGGGAGCUGGACAGCUGUACUUCCUGUUCCUGUCAGGGUGGACAGGUGGUGUGUCGCCAGAAGUCCUGCCCCCCUGCCUACUGCGCCACCCCCACCUUCAUGGAGGAAGAGUGCUGCCCCGUGUGUCUAUCCAAAGAGGACGGCUGGUCCCCGUGGACCGAGUGGACCGAGUGCUCGGUGACGUGCGGCCGCGGCGGCCAGCAGAGGGGGCGGUCCUGCGAUGACGUCAGAGCGUCCUGCGCCGGCCCCUCGGUCCAAACCCGCAGCUGCAUGCUGGCCAAGUGCGACCGCAAAGGGCGGCUGGACGGGCUCUGGGGGACGUGGUCGCCCUGGUCCACGUGCACCGCCGCGUGCGGGGAGGGGAACAUGACGCGGGUACGACUCUGCAACAACCCGGGGCCCCAGCGGGGGGGGCGGGGCUGUGCGGGCUCCGCCAGGGAGACGCAGCCGUGCGGGAAACCCCAGUGUCCGGUCGCGGGGGGCUGGUCCUCUUGGUCGGAGUGGUCGGAGUGCUCUCAGUCGUGUGGCGGGGGUCUGACCACCCGCGUGCGAGACUGCUCUAGCCCCGCCCCCCAGCACGGGGGCAGGGCGUGCUGGGGGGACGCGGUGGACUACUCCAUGUGCAGCCGGACGGCCUGCCCUGCAGAUAUGUGCCAGUUGUUACGUCCCUGUUUCCCGGGUGUUGAGUGCACGUCCCACGCUGACGGGUCCUGGGACUGCGGCCGCUGUCCUCCUGGUUUGCAUGGCAACGGCUCCAACUGUGAGGACGAGGACGAGUGUCAAGUGCAGGGCGUGUGUGUGACGGAGUGCGUGAACACCGACCCCGGGUUCUACUGCCUGCCCUGCCCUCCCUGGUACCGAGGCAGUCAGCCCUACGGCCUGGGCAUGCAUGCCGCCCUGGAGACCAGACAGGUAUGCGAGCCUUACAACCCCUGCAAGGACAACACCCACACCUGCCACCCCCACGCUAACUGCCGCUACCUGGGCCUGGCCUCCGAGGUGCUGUACCGCUGCCGCUGCGCGGUGGGCUACGCCGGGGACGGCUUCCUGUGCGCCGAGGACUCAGACCUGGACGGCUGGCCCAAUCACGGCCUGACCUGCGAACGGAACGCCACCUACCACUGUCAGAGGGACAACUGCCCCGGGCUUCCCAACUCGGGACAGGAGGACCUGGACAAUGACGGGGUGGGGGACGCCUGUGACCCUGACGACGACAACGACGGCAUUGUUGAUGAGAGGGACAACUGCCCCCUGGUGUACAACCCCCGCCAGGCCGACUCGGACCGGGACGGCGUGGGCGACCGCUGCGACAACUGUCCGUUCGACGACAACCCGCUGCAGACAGACACGGACGACAACGGGGAGGGGGACGCCUGCAGCAUCGACAAGGACGGAGACGAGGUGCUGAACGACCGGGACAACUGUCCCCUGGUCUACAACACGGACCAGAGAGACACGGAUAUGGACGGGGUGGGAGACCAGUGUGACAACUGUCCCCUGCUCAACAACCCGCGACAGAUGGACUCGGACAGCGACCUCGUCGGGGACCUGUGCGACGACAACGAGGACAUCGAUGAGGACGGCCACCAGAACUCCCUGGACAACUGUCCCUACGUCGCCAACAGCAACCAGGCCGACCACGACCGCGACGGCCGCGGCGACGCCUGCGACCACGACGACGACAACGACGGUAUCCCCGACGACCGCGACAACUGCCGGCUGGUCCCCAACCGCGACCAGCUGGACUCUGACGGUGAUGGCUGCGGGGACGCGUGCCGCGAUGACUUCGACAACGACAGCGUUCCAGACGCGCUGGACCCCUGCCCGGAGAACAGCAACAUCCAGGUCACCGACUUCAGGCGCUUCCAGGUGGUUCUGCUGGACCCCAGCGGCACCACGCAGUCCGACCCGCUCUGGGUGGUCCGCAGUCAGGGCACCGAGCUGCUGCAGACCGCCAACUCCGACCCCGGCAUCGCUAUCGGAUUCGACAAGUUCAGUUCGGUGGACUUCAGUGCCACGUUUUACGUGAACACCAACCGGGACGACGACUACGCCGGCAUCGUGUUCGCCUACCAGUCCAGCCGCCGCUUCUACGUGGUCAUGUGGAAACAGGUGUCCCAGGCCUACUGGGAGACCAAGCCGUCCCGGGCCUUCGGGGAGGCGGGGGUCUCCAUCAAGCUGGUCAACUCCACCAUGGGGCCCGGGGAAUACCUCCGCAAUGCCCUGUGGCACACCGGGAACACCAGGAACCAGGUCAAAACACUGUGGCAUGACCCCAACAACAUUGGAUGGAAAGACUUCACGGCCUACCGCAUGCACCUUAUCCACAGACCCAAGACAGGUUUCAUCAGGGUGGUGGUGUACGAGGGCCGGGACAUCAUGGCGGACUCUGGGCCCGUGUACGACCACACGCUGGCCGGGGGCCGGCUGGGACUCUUCGUCUUCUCCCAGGAGCACGUCAUCUUCUCCGACCUCCGAUACGAGUGCAGAGAUAUCUGAGUUUUCGCUGGGAAAGUCUCAAAAGCUCCAGGCAGAGAUGUAGGAAAAUAUAACUAAUUGAGAAUGAACUGAGAGUGAAUACCACGAAGGAGAGAAAAUAAGACAGGGAGAGAGAAUGUACUUAAAUGACUCUGGAGGGAAAGAUAAAAGGGGAGGUAAGGUCACAAAAACUGGGCGAUCACGACUGACUUAAUGUUUUGGUCUCUCGACGUCCGCCUCACAGCAUGGUGACCUUGUUGAGGCGGCCUUAACAAUCUGAAACUGUUCCUUUUGUACUCUUGCAAUGGCUUUUUAUUUGCAUUUCAAGGCAUUCAAAUAAUCUAGAUAUGCAGUUAUUACUCAACUUUUAAAUGGAACCGCUUCAAUAACGACAUCCAAAAUUCUUAUGACCAAACUUUAUUUUGCCUGCUUACCUUCCUGAUCAUGUUUUUAUUUUUAAUGUUCCUUGACACGUCAGUGCUCGAUAGUUAUUGAAAGCCCCCUGAAGCCAGUCAGAAGAACUAGACACACUACUCCCCUCUAGUGGCGAUGUUUGUUAAUACACGAUGAAAGACGAACUCAUGGAUGACCUUCGUUUGUAAAUCCGAAAUUACAUUUGCAUUACAUUAUUAAUAAUAUCUACAUGAUAACCAUUUGCACUCAUGUAAAUGUUUCACCCCUGUGAACACCAAUAUGCUCUUCUCUUAGUCAUACAGGGAGAACUUACAAUUCUAACUUUAAAAGUAUUAAAAACAUUUAAUAAAAAAUAUAGAUAUUUGUUUAAUGCUC